AUGAGUAGUGACAAGGGAGAAAAAUGGAGGUAUGAAGCAUCCAAUAUGUUACAUCUGACAACUCAAUGUAAAAUACGUCAGUGUUCUCGUUGUCAUGAAUGUGUCUCGUACUAUUGUAAUACGUGCACUGAAGAUAUGUGUAUCAGAUAUAUCAAUCAAGAGUAUCUAACAAUCCGAGAAAAGUCUAGAGGAAUUAUUUCUAGAAUUCGUGGUCAAAAAAUUCCUAACAAUAUUGCUAUAAAGAAAGAAAUUGAGCUGGAAAUAGAAGCAGUGCCAAAGGAAGUGGACGUCUUUGGUCAAGGGUUGUACAAAUCAGGAAGACAAAUGAAAGGCCAUACCAAAAACAUCGCAAGAUCUUAUAAUUGUGAGGAUGUCAAGAGAAGAUUGGUGUCUUUGUUUUGGAAACAAAAGACAAAAUUGAUUUGGCAAAAUAAAUUGUUGCAAAAAACAGAGGACAUUUCUGUUUCAGCAAAAAACCCUGUUGAAUUUUUACGAUUCACAAAACACUUGCAAAAACGCAGAUUUAGAAUUAUGAUUGAAGACAUGCUCAAAUUAUCCUUUAUAUAUGAGGAAAAAACCGUUACCAAAAAUGAUGUAUGUCGGAAGCUAGAUACCAAAGAAACAAACAUCCCAAAGAAAAGACAUCCCCAAACGAAUCUCAUGUUAGAGUCCAUGUCAACUCUAUGGCUAAAGAAAUCUCAAAGCGUCCCCCGUGUAAAUCGCAGUGUUCACAUUUCUUGUAAUCCAGUAGAUGGCCAUUUCUGGGUGAGUGACCACGAACAUAUCUGUAGAUCAGACAAAGAUCACACACUUGAGAUCGGCAGACAUGGAUACGGGGAACACACGGUGACUGGUCAAGGAGAACUAAUCUACAUAGAUCGUAAUUAUGAUAUAAUUAAAGACUGUACCAAGAGAAUUGUUCUGAUCGAUGCAAAGGGAGGAUGGAAGCCUAAGUGUAUCUAUUGUUCCCCUUUGACUGGAGACUUACUGGUUGGCAUGGCGACAAUAAAUCACACAGCGGCUAAGGUAGUGCGAUAUCUAAGUUCUGGGGUGGAAAAACAGUCCAUCCAGUAUGAUGACAGACAACAGGCUUUGUACACCUACCCCGCCUAUGUUACGGAAAAUCGUAACGGUGACAUAAUUGUGUCCGAUAAUUAUGUCGUUAUGGUGACUGACUAUAAAGGAGGCGUUAGGUUCACUUACAGAGGGUCGCCAGAUCAAGGACUCGCCCCACGGGGGGUCUGUACUGAUCCAUUGUUAAAUAUACUUGUGUGUGAUUGUAGAUCCCAUGGUGUUCACAUGCUUGAUAAAGAUGGAAAUCUCCUAACUGUUCUGUUACAAUAUGCAGAGAAUUCGGCCGGUCCAUGGGGUGUGAGUUAUAAUGAAAUUGAUCACGUGAUAUUAGUGAAAGGUGAUACAAACAAUAAAGUGGCGGUAUAUAGAUAUCUAAAUCGAGCAAACUAUUUACUUUGA